AUGGAAGAGCAAGUGGAACGACUAGUGAACAAGACAUGGGACAGAUAUGAGGAGCUGCCGGCCAGCAAGAGGCUGUUGAUUGCUGUCAGCGGAAUCCCGGGUUCAGGCAAAACGACUCUCGCAGCGAAAGUUGCGCAACAGAUCAACGAGCGCUGGCGCAAGCAGAGUCCGACAAGAGAGGGCUCCGAUGCUGGGAUAGCAACAUUCCUUCCAAUGGAUGGCUACCACCUGACUCGCGAACAACUCUCCGCCUUGCCGGAUCCGGAUAACGCUCACGCGCGACGAGGAGCCGCCUUUACAUUCGAUGCACCAGCUUUCCUGGCUUUGGUGAAGAAGCUGCGGGAACCGCUAUUACCCGAGACUUGCACGAUACAUGCACCCAGCUUCGAUCAUGCCAAGAAGGACCCCAUCGCAGAUGACAUACCCAUCAGGAAAGAGUCCAAGAUCAUUGUCAUGGAAGGCAACUAUCUCUCACUUGGUAGUGGUGCAUCGGRGUGGAAAGAGGCGGCCGAGUUGAUGGACGAGCUGUGGUUUGUCGACGUCAAGGAGGAGGUUGCGAGGAAACGGUUGAUUGCCAGGCAUGUCGCAAGUGGCAUUGCAACUGAUGCCGCAGAUGCUGCGAAGCGAGCAGACGAGAAUGAUAUGGUCAACGGAAGGGAGAUCGUUGAAGGCAGAGUGCAAGUUCAUGAGGUUGUGCAGAGCGAGGAGGACCAGGAAUGGGCUCCGCGAGCUUAA